ACCCCAAUGCCCACCAUGGGACCCAUCACGUGCAAUAGUUUUACUCUCCACGCAUUCAUCAACCAUCACCGUUCAUUUAUUUCCAUCUACAAACUCAUCCACGGUAAACACAACCAGGGCCCAGGGCCCCCACACAACACAUCCACCUUCUCAUUCUCCUUUCUCAACUCCUUCUUUCACGUACCUUCACUAUAUAUACUUUUAUUCUCACUACCACUCUCAUUCUAACGCAACUCAAACACCACCUUCUACCCUCAUUCUUACAUCCUUAAACACUUGUUUUUUCUGUUACGUACGUUCUUCUUAUUCUUCAGACAUGGCUGGUGAUUCUUCUGGAGACGUUGAUCUAAGGUUGGGAGAACCUAAGGGGCCGAAACUGGAGCCCGAGACGGAGGAGGGUUCCGCGAUACGUGUGAUGCCGGUGGCUGUGCACGUGCCGUCAGGGAUGUCCAUGUCUGUGUCCAAGGCCCUGGCCCAAGCCCAGGCCCAACCUCAGAAACGGGCCUCCACUAAAGACCGUCACACCAAAGUCGAGGGGCGAGGCAGGAGGAUCCGAAUGCCCGCCACGUGUGCGGCGCGGAUCUUCCAGCUCACCCGAGAGCUAGGUCACAAAUCAGACGGUGAAACCAUCCGUUGGCUCCUCGAACACGCCGAGCCCGCUAUCAUAGCCGCCACCGGCACCGGCACCGUCCCCGCCAUCGCCAUGUCUGUCAACGGCACGCUCAAGAUUCCGACCACCUCUCCCUCCGACCCGGAACUCGGAGACCCACCGGAGAGGAAGAAGCGCAAGCGACCUGUAAACAGCGCCUACGUGGACGUAAACGACGGUGCCGUUUCAGUCCCCGCCGGCCUCGCGAGCUCGAACAAGCAAAGCUCAAGGACGAUCACGACGACCGCCUCAACGACGACCCCAAUUCCGCAGCACACCGCGAUUCCGCUGCCGCAGGGCGUGGUCCCCGUGUGGGCCGUGCCUUCAAACGCUGUCGUUCCGACUGCAGGCGCGUUCUUCGUCGUCCCCCAAGCCGCGUCGUUUCAGCACCAUCCGCAGUUUUUCACCAUAGCACGACCAAUCUCCGCGUUUGUCUCCUCCAUGGUCACCCCCGUUCAACUCCAACCAACCUCCACAUCCUCUUCUGCAAACGCUAACCCUUCCUCCACUGCGCCGUCGUCGAAGUCCCCGGCGAGAGCCACCGUCAUGGCUCCCACCACCACCACCACAACACACAUGCUGAGAGAUUUUUCGUUGGAGAUUUACGACAAACAAGAGUUGCAGUUCAUGUCGCGCGCGUCUUCCAAGCAUUGAGAGGAGAACGAGGACGAGAAAGAGAAGGAGAAGGAGAAGGUGAAGGGCGUUGAAUCUGGUUUCCGCCCGACGACGUCGUUGGGAGCAAGAGGAAGAGCACGUGCACACGUGAUGCGAGGAUUAAAAAUGGUGGGACCACGUGCAUUGAUGUGGGACACCACCAAAAGUGGAGGGUAUGGUGGGGGACCCAGUGGGGUAAUGCAAAACUAGUACCACAAGUUCAGAACUACUAGUACUCAAUUUUUUCGUAUUUUCCAAAAUAAUGUUAAUAACAAUAAUAAUUAGAAUAAAUUUUACAUUUUAA